AUGGUUCUUUAUCAUGCGAAUGGAAGAGUUGUUGAAAAACACGAUCAAUACUUAGACGAUGAAGCACGGAGUCUGGCGGAUCAUUAUCGAUACAUUGACCAGGUUGACGUUUACAACCAAAAGUCUGCGGACGCUUCUAGUGAUAACGUUGAAAUCAUUAUCGACAAGCAAGAGUAUAGAACGCUCUAUUGCGAGAGGGAGGGAUAUUGGGAAACCAUCAAAAAGUUCAGGCGGAAAAGCUCAUACACUAUUCCAACGACUGUUGAUCGCGCUACUUUGAGGAAGUGUUCGACCUUCGCUGAUGAUCACUUCACAUACAAUCCGGGAGCCAAGACGCUUCAUCUGCCAGUGCGUUAUCCAAGACAACAUCAUGCUGCUCUGGGCGAGUUAUCGACUCAGGACUUCGACAUCAACUAUCAUUUUUGCGUUAGUGGAAAAAGACUCGCCGAACAACCUGAUGAUCAAAUGGCGUUCAUACGACCGGAGGAAAUCAACGAAUACGUCAUUCCAUGGCUACAAAAAAUGCAAAAACAGAUCAAUCGCAAAGGAGAUGAAUUAGACAAAGAGGACGAUGCAAGAUCACCCAAGGAGACGAGGCGCGCACGCCAGCCAACAGGACCUGACGGUGCUGUCGCUAUGGGAAUUCCAGUUGCACUUGACGACAAAAUCCAUCUCUACAACGCUAUGCUGCAGCUAGGCCUGCCCAAAUCCGUGCAACUGCCACUCAUUGACAAAAUCGUCAUGCAGAUGUACAAAACCAAACUCAAUGCGUGUCAUCUCGCCACUCUAGAGCAUACAGUCGGACGCUUCUAUUCCAGGGGUGUUGCUGUCCUUGACCCAGUUCUUUGUCAUUUCAUCGGAACGUAUCCUCGCAGGACCUUGCAAGAUCGCAGAAACGUCAAACCUCCACCUGAAAGCGAUACUGAAUCAUCAGAUGAUACGAAUAAGACUGGCGAAGAAGCGUCAGAAGAAGCGCAGGGUGCUGAUACUCAAUCGGGAGAAGAGCUAUCAGCAUCAGCACCAGCACCAAAACCAUUUGACUUCAAGAACUCGGAGAGAAAAUACCUCAGUUACUAUCCUCAACCCGCGGGCCGCGCAAAACCUUAUGAUGAAGACACAUAUCUUCUCCCCCCUGAGCUGCCUGUCAUCGGACAUAGUAUAAAGCAUUGGUCCGGAGUCCGCAAGAAGGGCAGCACCGCUGCGGCUCAUAACGGGUUUCCUCUCAACAUUGGAAAAUACAAGAAGUUCAUUCGGAGAAACGCGACGGAUGUGAUCGAUGUAAAUGACUAUUUUGAAGAAGAGACAAACCGACUGGCACAUCAGAAGGACUACGAAGACAAUGGUCCGGGGGAGGGUAACUGA